CAUCAUUUGUUUCCAGACCACCUACAUCGCACUUUUCCCGCUACUGCCUAUAUUUCACAAAUCCGACCUCUCCUGAACCAAGAUCUGAAGACACUUCUUCCCUCGCAACCUCCUGAUACAGCUAACCGCUCUAUCUGCGCUAAUUCGCCUGAACGGCUAGCCGCCGUAUCCGCGCAAGGAACAGCAGUCGUGUGUCGGUCUUGUGAGAUAUUCCUACGCUCAAGAUCACAAUGUCUGGCCUCGAAAAGGCCCUUUUCAACUUGAAGUUCACCUCCAAGCAACUCAAUAGGCAAGCUGCCAAAGCCGACCGAGACUCCCGUGCCGAACAGGCCAAACUCAAGAAAGCCCUGACUCAAACCCCGCCCCAACCCCAGAUCGCCCGACUGUACGCCACGAAUUCGGUCCGCAACUCGCAGCAAAGGAUCCAGCUCCUUACAUUGGCUGCCCGAAUCGACGCCGUGGCCGCCCGUGUCCAAACAGCCAUAACCAUGCGCACGGUGACGGCGUCGAUGGCGCAGACGGUCAAGGGAAUGGACGCCGCGCUGAAGAACAUGGACUUGGAAAAGAUCGGGGCCGUGAUGGAGAAGUUCGAGUCACAGUUUGAAGAUCUGGACGUGGUUUCGGGCUAUUACGAAGGCGUAGCGGGCGGUGUCGAGAGUCAACAAGUCGGCGUCGAAGGGCAGAGCGAGGUCGAGGCCUUGAUGAGCAGGGUCGCCGACGAAGCGGGGGUUGAGCUGUCCCAGGAAAUGCAGCAGAAUGUGCCGGAACACGAGCUACCGGCAAAUGAGACUGCAGAGAGGGCGAAGCUGGAAGAAGGCUUGGGAGACAGAUUGCGAGCCUUGAGAAAUUGAGCCGCGAAAUCGGCACCAUGCGGCUGGGGUGUAUCGUUUCCGAACUGAAUUUGUGCUGGCUAGAUUGCGUGGAGCGAGAAAAUGACUCAGGAAAGGGCAUGCGGCGUUUGAGGAUUCUAUAUAGCUUUUUUCCGGUCAAUAUACAAGCAGUUCAGCGCCAGGAGACCCGCAUAGGCGGUUGUUUCUUUCCGUGACCGCCUUCGAUACAUGGGACGAUUCUCGACAAAGCCAUGCAAUCAAGGAACGUAAGGAGAGACAGAACUGGCAGCGAGAACCAUUAGGACCUGCGAGUCUGAAAAAGAUCAUUACCACGCGCCACAUACG